AUGGUGUUAACCGACCAAUACUCACGAUAUCCGGAAGUAGAAUUUAUUUGUUCAACGGCAAUAACACCAGUUAGGAAAGCACUGAAGAAGAUAUUCCAGACUGGUCAUGGACCACCUUUUGAUUCAUACAAUUUCACUCAAUUGGCUGCGGAGCUUGGGUUCAAGCAUAAACGAAUAACACCAUAUCACCCAAAAGCGCAAGGACAGGUGGAGAACUUCAAUAAACUGAUCAACAAGAUAGCAGCUUUCACAAAAGACACACAGAGUACACCACAUCCUGCAACAAAAACUGCACCAUACGAAUUAUUAAUGAACAGACGAGUUAGAACGAAGCUAGAACACUUCAGUGUGGAAACCCCGUCUAAAGACAACGAUGUGAGACACAAGGACAAAGUUUAUAAAGAGAAAGCAAAGAAAAAUCAUGAUAAACGAUAUAGAGUAACAACAUAUCAAUUGAAAGUUGGUGAUGCUGUCAUCGUGAAAGGAGAGAAGAAGAAGAAAGGAGGCACUCCAUUUGAACCGCACAUAUAUAGUGUGACUGGAUUUAAGGAUCAACAGUAG